AUGCCGGGCGGCGCGCGGGGCCUGUACCGGCGGAUCCUGCUGCUGCACCGGGCGCUGCCGGCCGCCCUGCGGGCGCUGGGGGACCGCUACGUGAAGGAGGAGUUCCGGAAGCACAAGGCCGCCGGGCCCGCCGAGGCCCAGCGCUUCCUGCGGGAAUGGGAGAACUAUGCAGCACUGAUACAGCAACAAAUUAAUGAGGACAAACAAAACUUGCGAGAAAAGACUGUAUAUGGAAUCCAGCUCACAGAAGAAAAACUUAAUGACUUCCGUGAUGAACAGAUUGGGCAGCUGAAGGAACUGAUGGACGAGGCUACCAAACCUAAUAAAAACAUCACUGUUUCUAAAGACUCGGAACACAAAAACUAAAAGGUUUUAAAAACUGUUUUAAUGCAUACAGAAGCAUUUUGAAACUUCUUUUUCCAGUUGGACUUGAAUGUGGUUUCUGUGGAAUAAUGGGCGCUGCUGAUGCCAUAACUUGUCUGAAAUGGAUGUCUCUGACUAUUUGGCUUUCUAUGCAAGAAUAAAUGUUGAAAUGGAAUAAUCACAACAAUUUUAUGUUAAUUGCAAUAUUUUUUUUUCCUCCUAAUGGAAGGUGGAUACUUAAAGAAUCCGGUAAAAGUAAAUUGACAUUUUUAAAAUAGGAAGGUUUUUUUUUUUUAACUUGGCACCCAUAGGGCAAAACAUCUUUCUGUUUGUGUAUCAUCCUCUGCCUUAAUGGAAAAGAUGCAAUUAGCACUUGUUUUCUGAUGUCGAUUCAGCAGACAAAGAACAAAGGUAUGGUUUCAAUGGAAAUGGAUUUCGUUUCAAUGGAAAGAAAUGAGCAGUAUUAGAGAAACAUACUGCUGUUGAAAUUGAAACUUGGUUUUCUUCUUGAGCUUUAUUGUGAAAUGCGCUUUAAAAUAAAAGAUGUAGUUCAUCAUUAAAUUGACCUUGAAGGAACCACUGGCUUAUGAAGAAAAUUCUGCAUUUUUUUCAAAGCUAGACUCAGAUUAUUGUUAGUAUC